ACAAAACAAUACACCAGCUGACGGACGGCCCGAUUUUCCUGGUCAAGAUGGACAUAUAUGAUCACAAGAAAGCAUUUAUAGAAUCCCAACUCCGUCUCCUUCAACACUCAAUCCAACCCCCCACCACCCUCCGCAACCGCCAAAUACCACCCGAACACGACAUCAGCGACCACGCCAUCUCGGCAGCAAUCUACAAACUCAAUGUCGCGACACGACGACACGAACGCGUGAUACACAGUACACAGGCUGUACGACAUGUUGCUGAGCAGAUUGAUGAGUUGUGUCGGGACAAUGGGACGAGUGGGGUUGAGGGAGAGAGUGGGAUGGAUGUUAGUGUGAGGGAGUUGAUGGAUGCUGAUAUUGUGCAAGGGUUACCGGAUGAGUGGCCAUUGGGGAGUGGGACGCAGGAGGAGACAGAGAGAUUACAGGAAGCGUAUUCGACACAUAUCGCAACGUUAACGUCACUGACCUCCGCACUCACCUCCCUUCGCCAGAAACACGCACACUACCUCCAACUCCACCGUCAACUUCAAGCCUUCACCUCUCCAAAAGAAAAUGUACAGCCAAAUCUCGUGACACGUGACGGUGCUGUCGCGAAAGAACUGGAACGGAUGAGGGUGUUGACAGCAAAGGUCCAAGCAGUGAUCAAAGGGAAGGAGGAGAGGUUACGGGAGAUCAUGAAGGAGACGGAAGCAAGUACGGGUGUAGCUGCCGGGGGUGCGUGGGAGGGUGUUGAUGUGAUGAAGUACAUUCAGGAUUACUUUUUGUCGGCGUUACCGGCGGUAGCCGGGGAGGAGGAUGUUCAUCCGGAUGAUGAGGUUGGGUAGAUUGAAGACGUUCAAUUGGGGUAUACUCAAAUGGGAAACUCCUGAUAUCACCUCGCGAG